UACCCAGCCUGCAGCGGCACCCAGAAGUGAACAAAGCGACCCGGAAGCGGUGGUCCGACUGGAGGCAGACAGAACAUCAAGCUUUUUUUUUAUAUAGCUCUACUCGCAUAUCUGCUAGCAGGACACAAGGUAUUUGUGCAUGUGUGUUUUGUCUUUUCGCCGCUGUGCGUUUCUCCGAGCAGCCAUCGCGUCCCAGAUGUGUGCAGAUUUCUGCACAAUUUCCCUCUUUUUGAUUCGCCCCAAAAGUUACAGAAUGUGGAGGGAAACCGCAGCAGCCCUAAAAGUGGGAUUUUGUUAACGGAUUUCGGGAGGAUGGCAGAGCCUCGAUUUAACAACCCGUAUUUCUGGCCACCUCCUCCAUCCAUGCCCAGCCAGCUGGAUAACGUGGUCCUCAUUAACAAGAUCAAGGAGCAGCUGAUGGCUGAGAAGAUUCGACCGUUGCACUUGCCGCCUACCUCCACUCCUUCUCAGCAGUCUCUAUUGGUGCCCACCUCGUCCCCUGAUGGCAGCGGCCAGCAUGGCAUACCGCUGCCAAAGCCUCAGCCGCAGCAGGUGCCGGGACACCACUCCACACAGCCGCAGGGCUCUGGACAGCCGGACAUCGCUCUACACGCUCGUCCCGCUUCCAGCUCUAGACCAGAUGGAAAUCUCGACGACAAGUCGGCAGUAAAGGCCAAAGGAUUAUGGGAAGACUGGCACAUGAGACAAAUGGCAGAGCAGCCUGGUCGGGUCAACCAUCGCUCAGCUCUGGCCCCUUCAUCCCGACCCGACAGCCACAACACCUCAGAGGCCCUGACCCCUACGACUCCGACCUCUAGCAGCCAGAACCGCCUCGGCGGUGCCCCCUCUGUGAACAUCAUCUCCGGGCUGGCGAGCGGUCCCGGCAUGGACCACAUGAAGGCCGGCGGCCUGGCGGGGCUCUUGGGUCCCCCACCAAAGGCACCUCGGGGGAGGAAGAAGAUAAAAGCCGAAAACACUUCUGGGCCUCUUCUAGUGGUGCCCUACCCCAUCCUAGCCGACCAAGACUGUGUCACUGUGGCACCCAAAGAGGGCAAAACCUACAGAUGCAAAGUCUGCCCGCUCACCUUCCUAACCAAGUCAGAGAUGCAGAUCCAUUCCAAGUCCCACACAGAGGCCAAACCACACAAAUGUCCCCACUGCUCCAAGACGUUCGCCAACGCCUCCUACCUGUCCCAGCACCUGCGCAUCCACCUAGGCAUUAAACCCUACCACUGCUCCUACUGCGAGAACUCUUUCCGUCAGCUGUCCCACCUGCAGCAGCACACCAGAAUCCACACAGGCGAUAGGCCUUAUAAAUGUGCUCAUCCUGGAUGUGAAAAAGCAUUUACUCAGCUGUCUAAUCUCCAGUCCCACCAGAGACAGCACAAUAAAGAUAAACCAUAUAAAUGUCCCAACUGCUACCGUGCCUACUCAGACUCUGCAUCGCUGCAGAUCCACUUGUCAGCACAUGCCAUCAAAAACGCUAAGGCCUACUGCUGUAGCAUGUGUGGCCGGGCAUACACCUCAGAGACCUACCUUAUGAAGCACAUGUCCAAACACACGGUGGUGGAGCACCUAGUGAGUCACCAGUCGCCCCAGAGGACCGAGUCGCCCAACAUCCCCAUCCGCAUCUCCCUCAUCUGAGCUCGCUGAACGGUAAGACCUGAGGAGUCGGCGUUCAGCUGGAGCUCACGAGGCCCCGCCUCCACCUACGGCCAUCUCCCAUCAGACUCACAUUAGCAUUAGGACAGCCGACACAAGCAUCCAGUAUUAGAUUCCAUAAAUAGACGGCCUCCGUCUGGCUCGACUCAGGCCGUCUGUUAAAAGCGAGCACAGCGGUAUUUUUGUGAAUGUAAACAAUACAGCUUGAUGUUAUCUGGCGGGCUGGAAGAAUGCCUGGCGUCAGAUUCAAUAAGCACUUUCGUACGCAUCAUUUAACCGUUGGAUGCGCCGGCCAUUUAUAAAAGUUUUAGAUGCUUUUUUUUUUAUGGUUUUUUUUUUUCCUUUUUAGCUUUUUGUGUUUUUUCCAUUAAAUGGGUUUCCAAAAUGUGCCAGAUGAUAUUAGCCCCUUUUAAAGAGUUGAGAGAGUGGGGACUUUGUUGUUUUUUAUCUUUCCAUGUUUGCUGGGUGUAUUUCAAACAUCCAAAGAAAAUCUUAAAAGCACUUUUCAGCCUUGGUGGUUUUGGCUCAAAUGAUUUCAAUCUUGUUGGAUGGAAAAUGACUUGUGGCAGCUAAGAGUACAAACAACAAUUUUCUGUCUUUCUUUUGUUUUUCUUUACAUUUCUGCACAAGUACGCGGCCGUCUGAAUUUAAUCUUGGGCAAUCAUUUGAUGACAUUUGAAACAUUUUAUAUAUUGUUUUAAGAAAGAGGCUGAAUCAUUGGCUCGUGGAGGAUGUAAUAUUUGACCUUUAUAUUCAGUAAUAAUUAAAGAAAAAACGGUUUUGACCCCACUUUUUCUCUCAUGCAAGUGGUUAGUGCCAUAUAUGAACUUUAAGAUUUUUUGUUUGAUAAAUUAUAUCCUAAGAGUUAUAAUUCUGUAAUCCAGAUUAAAUUUCUUAAAAAAAAAAUUUUUUUUUAAAUAUAUAAGCUCAAAUUACAUCUGGAGUAAAACCAGACUUUGUGAAUGGGUCAUUUAAAAUCCAACCACUGGACCAAAAUGUGAAGUUCUUGUACAGCUACUCCAACCCAGUCACAUUUUUAUUAUUUUAAUCUAUAAUAAGCUUUACCCAUUCGGAUUAAACUGCAGUAUAAUCAGUAGGAUUAUGAGUGUACACAGAGGUAAAUCCUCAUCUUUAUUUUAUUUUUUUUUCCUCUUUAGUAUUAUUUUUUACUGUAUACAGUAUUGUUUGUUGUAUUUUUACUGUAACUGUAACCUCUGAAUGGUACUUCUAGGGAUUCCCUGUAUUCUUCAGGGUACUUCGGGAGGAAAAAAGGUGCUUUGGCUCUGCGGUUGGGUUUUAACUAUGUAAAAUACAUAUACAGUAUAUAGUAUGGUUUCAAAAGAAUAAAAAACUUAUAACUCAAGCCACUGGCCUGAAAGACGAACAUUUACUCCAACAACAACAGACCCUGCCUCUUCCACUCAACUCUUCUUUUUGAGAAAAUGGAAAAAUGUACAUGUUGCUGUACUGUAAGACAUGUUACUCAUUUAUAGAACCUAUUUUUAAGUUUCCAUCGACAUGUUCUGUUUGGAUUUUAUUUUUUUGGAAAAGUUUAUAUAUAAAUUUACUGUAAUAAUUUUAGUCCACCUGUUUGUCUUUAAUAUUCGCGUUUUCUAUCAGUUAUCUCCGUGUACGCCUUAACUGUUUUCUCAUCCCAGCUCCACAACUCUGUAUUGUGUUCUACAGUAUUCAGUCAUGUAAACACUUUUAAUUUUGUUUAUUCCGCAUGGAGGUCUUGAGCUGUAAUCUGUAUUAACUGUUUAACCCAUGUUCUCUAUGAAAAGAUAUUCUGUAGGUUUAUUACACCUUUUUCCUGUCUUGCAUUGAUGUUUCAUAUACGGUUUCUAGACGACUAAAUAUGCACAGCCAAGACCGAGGAGUUAAACUAAGGUUAUCAAUGUUUAAAAAAGAAAAAAGGAGAAAAAAAGCUUUGUAUCUUUACCUUGUUUAAUAAACAGACUGUUAUAAAUGA